CUUCUUUUUGUGCUUUACUGCACCCGUCAGGAGAAUCAACCACCAACUGCGCUAAAAUAUUAAUAUUCGCAAAAAUAACAAUAAAUUACUAGGAAUUACACAAGUACACAGAUUAAUGCCAGCGUAACUGUUGUUGUCACUUACAAUAACUACUGGAAUAAAAGACCACCUGCCUCCUGUCGGGAGGGAAAGCCUGACGUCCCUACAGAGACAUUGUUCAUGUUAUUAGUUCCACCUGUCCUUUUCCUAUGAUGAUGAGUUGUCUGCUGUGAUAAAAAAAAAAGUCUGUGCAAGAUGAGUAACAGAUGCUCUAUAAUCAUUAUAUUUCUCUGUAAAACUGCAGCAGGAAGGAAAUGUCGUUAGUUUGCUUUUUUUUUCUCAGACUGAUGAGUCAUUCAUAAAAUGUCAGCCAGUGAUGAAAUACUGUCUAAUGGAUGAUGCAUUUGCUGAUUGUCUCUCUCUCUCUCUCUCUCCUUGUUUCUCUCCAGCUGGUUAAAACCAAACAGGAGGAAGGUUUCUCUCCAGUCAUGCAGAAGGUGGAGGGACGGCUCACCCCGGUCAACCUGCCUUCUUCCAGGGGCCCGAGCGCUCCGGGGUCUCCUGCUACUAGCAUCACGGCCCGUGUGAACGACCAGGUGGUGGGCUACAGAGACCUGGCUGCUCUGCCCAGAGAUAAAGCCAUCCUGCAGGUGGAGAGACCCGACCUGAUGACCUACCAACCACACCUGAGCUUCUCCCCGCUCGACCCGCCAAGCAGAGAGCGCUCUCUGUCUCCUCCCUGCACAAUUUCUACCACGUCUCCUGCGAUGAAGGAACGCAGAGCAGAAAGUGAGAGCGGCUCCCCUGGAGGAUCCACGAUGCAACUGCAGGCCGAACGCAAGAUCAGCAUCAGCAUGCAGCAUUUCCACAGACCAGAUAAUGGCACCAACAUCUACAGGAAGCCUCCCAUCUAUAAACAAGAUGGAAACAAACAGGUCGAAGGCAGCGGCGUCAUUCAGUCAGCAAAGUUUCCAGCAGCUCAGCCUCCGGAUCCCAGCCAACCGUCCAAGAUAGAGACGGAGUACUGGCCCUGCCCGCCCUCACUGGCUGCCAUGGAGAUUGAGUGGAAUAAGAAGAAGCUGCAGGAGGAAGACGAGUUUGAAGACCUGACGGAUGAAGCAGAGAUGCUGCGGGAGCAGGAGCUGGAAAAGAUCCAGUCCAACCUGGGCCGUCUGAUCCUGAAGGAGGAGAAGGAGAAAGAGAAAGCCGUUCAGUACCGGAGGAAGACACAGUCGCUGCCCGACAGAACUCACAUGCACACCAGUUUGUCAACAACUGCAUCCAAGUCUCCUUCACGUUCAGGACUGACCAGAAUGCGGUCUGCAGAGUUUUCCACAGACGGAGAUAAAGGACGACCAGCCGCUCAGAACAGUGAGGCUCGGAGGGAGCGGAUGGACAGAGGAAACUCACUGCCGAGUAUUUUGGAGCAGAAGGUUUAUCCCUAUGAAGCACUGAUUGUGACCCACAGGGGGCGCUGUAAGCUGCCGCCAGGAGUCGACCGCACUCGACUGGAGCGGCACCUGGCCCCGGAGCAGUUUGAGCAGUUGUUCGGGAUGUCCAUGGCCGAGUUUGACCGUCUCUCUCUGUGGAAACGAAAUGAACUGAAGAAGAAAGCCCAACUUUUCUAACAGGAAGUGACCUGUUCACCCCCUCGAGUACUUGAUGAACCACCUGCCGAGGAGGAGGAGGAAGGAAAAUAACAUGAAAUAUCCAGUGAAGACCAAAUCAUCACAUUAAUCCAGGCAAACAUGUUCUCCAUCAAACUAACCAAUCACGUCCCUGGAUGAGUGCCGGCCCCCCGAGGAUCAGAGUAUUUCCUGAAGGCUGGCCCUGAUUAACCCUUUACUCUGACUAACCUUAACUGAUGCACUGACACUCACAUAUUACCUGUGCUGCACUUAUAAUCACCACUGCUUGCAAAUCAUCUGCAUCAUCAUCAUCGUCAUCAUCAUCAUCAUAGUUAUGUUUCGUGUCACUGAGUUGCACCUGCAGACGUCUGUAUCAUGAAGCUGGAUUAACUGGUUAUCUUUGGGUUUAAUUUAUAGGAUCAUUCUGGUGAUUUUCUAUAUUUUUCUUAUCGUCACUGAAUCAAAACAAUGAACUGAUCUUC